UCGAGUUGUUGUGUUGUUGUGGUGGUCGAGGUGGGAGAACAAAACAGCUGGCGCCGCACACCUUCUGCUGUGCCACGAUGGCGUCCGAGCACUCGUCAAUGAGUGCGUGGGAGAAGGCGUGGUUGAAGGAUGCAUUCAACACGGGGGCAUGGAUGACGUCAAAGGAAGGCCAGCUGUUCUUCCUUUGCGCCCGUGGACCGCACGUCAAGCUCGUGCGCGAUAAUCAACUCCGGCAUGUGCAGGUGAAAUUAAUCAGCCAGGGUCCAUCCGGACACGUGUGGGUCGUGGAUCACAGCGGGCAUGUUUGGGUGCGGGUGCAGCAGAACCCUCUUGCACGCGCCCUUCCAGGACAUGAGGUUAUGGGCAUCGGCACGACGGAGGUCGUGUAUGAGCAGCAGAAGUGGCUGGCGUCAUCGCGGUCGUAUGCGGCAUCUCGGUUCGUCACCCCUGCUGGCGACUCCUACGACUCCUUGGACGAAAUCACACUUCCGUCCUCGCGAUGGCAAUGGGAUGCAGAUUGGGAACUGGAGACAACACUCGGCGAGAGUGAUUCUGGUGGCUGGGAAUUCGUCUCGUCUGGAACAUCUCGUGUGCAAUCGCUCUUCACUUCAAAAACAACCAUGCGGCGGCGCGCGUGGCUGCGAACGCGGUCCAUCAAGGAUCCCUCUCAGGCGUGGUUCAUGCUGCCCAAGUGGAGCAAGCACGAGGUCGUCUCCAUCGCCGUUGCUCAGAGCGGCGCGUGGAUCGUUCUUGACAAGUUCAAGAUUGCGCUGCGCGAGGGCCUGGACCCGAUUCACGUGGAGGGCCGCGCCUUUGAGGCCGUGGAGGAGCCAGAGUUUACAGGAACACCCAUCCACAGCGGCUGCAUUGCCGUCAAUCAGAACAACAGCACGUGGCUCAGUGCGCCCGACGGCAGUCUGUACUUUCGCCAGGGCAUCACGACGGCAACGCCAGCCGGCCGCGCAUGGGUGAAGGUGCCCAACACGCCGCUGCUCACCCACAUCACCGUCACAUCGCACGCACUCAUCGGUGUUGGCGUCGACGGGAAUCUGCAUGUGUUUGACGCACCGUCUAACCCGUUUGCCGUGACGGCCGGGCAGUGGACAGAGCUUGCACCGCCGUCAGCGCAGGAUGUGGCGACGGCAGCGUUGGAGGCUGCGCUGCUGCACGUGUUUGAGAGCGGGUGGGAGGUGGUCGAACCAGAGCCUGGCGACUUCAACGAAUACGACGAUUACGACCCGCACAUCCAGACACUUGACGACGAUGAUAUUGACGAUGACGACGACGAAGGUGCAGAGGAAGAGAUGCUGGAGGACGAAGCAGAGGGGCAGGUGAGCGGAACGGGCGUGGGUGGGCAGACACCUGGCGACGGCUUGAGCAGUGACCCCAACGCCGUUGUCCGUCGCCGCCAUUCCAACCGCAACUCGAAGCGGCGGUCCAUGAUCCAGUCUGCACGUGGCAGCGUGCUCAUCUCGCGACCAACCAUCAGCCAGCUGGCACGACAGCAGGCAUUGGCGCACGGCGCACGCAAGACCAUUGGGGCAAUGCGACGCGAAAGCGCAUACUUCAACAGCGACAACGACAACGCGCCGAAGCGGCCGGCGCAGCCCGUGUGCUGGUGCACCGCCACGGAGAACCUGGAUUACAUUGUCUGCUUGGAUGUCCACGGUGAUCUCUACGUGCGCAUGGGCAUGUCCCUUACUCGCCCCUUUGGCACCGCCUGGCUCAGGGCUGAGGCAACCUUCCUGGGCGGAGAAUGCGGCGGCAUCGAGUGUUGCGAGCUUGGCCUGCUGCCCUUUAUUGGUGACGUUCCUCUCCCCGCCCUCACCAGCCGCGCACACGACCGCGUCAUCUCAAAGAUGCUGCGCGCGUCAGCACCUGCACCGCGGCCAAACUUCAUCAGUCAGCGCAUGCUUCGAGAGACGCUUCCAGAGACGGACGCCGUCGUGCGCUGGUUCAACAGCAACAACACAUGCAAGCUGCGGCUGGACACGCGUGCGCACCAGCUGUGUCUCGAUGUCAAGGCGAAGGAAGGCACCACAUUGGAGGACACACAGCAGUCGGAGUGCCACUUGCUGCCGCUCAUCCAAGUGCGCAGCGUGCGUCCCAGCUCGAAAGAAACACACUCCUUUCGCCUGGAGACCACGGUGAAGCACUUCCAGACAGUGGUGGUCACGGUGCGUUCGUUUGCAAAGCGGCGUGACUGGGUCACGUACCUGCAGCGGUGGGUGUGUCUCGCGCGACGACAGCUGCGGGAGGCGGAGUCCACGUCGUUGUCAGCACCGGCCCUUGGCGAUGCGAGCGGUGGUGUACUGCCCGCCAACGCCGGCGCGCCAGCGGCAACAUCGCCGGACCAGGUGGGAGAUGGUGUGCAGCCGCACGGGCAGCAGGUGGUGGCGCCUGCGCUGUGGGCCAUCGACACGAACAACCGGCUCUGGUUCUGCGAUCUCGUGUCGGACCACAUGGUGAGCGAGGUUGGCGAGUGCUCCCCAGUGUUUGACAAGUGCAGCUACCGCGAUGGGAAGGCGUCGGGCAAGAUACAGUUCAUGCCCAAGCUCUACUGGCACCCAACAACCGACCUGACCUGCCAGACGAACAAGGGCCCUGUUGUCAUCCACGCCAAGCAGGUGUUUGCGUCGCCUGCCGGGCUUGUGUGGGUGCUGAGCGCCAGCGGCCGCGCGUACGCGCUGGUGAAGGGCGAGGAAGGCGGGGACGUGCGGCACAAGCGCGCGUGGCGGUACCGACGGUGGCACGAGGCCGAGGACGCGUACGUCAGACAGGGCGAGCAGUUGGCGUCGCAGCAGGGUGCGCAGCAGGCGGUUGAGCCGUUUGCACACCCGUCGUGGGCACGGCGGCCCACCGGUGCACGCCAUCUCACCACCAACGGCAUUGCGCCGCCGCCCUUCGCCCGCAGCUCAACAAACGCCGGCGGCCGCAAGAAGGGCAGGGGCACGCGCGGUGGCGGUGGACGCGGUGGGCUGUGGUCGACGACGGGGACACAGGACGGGUUUCGCCAGUCGCGGCAGUACACGGCUGCUGUUGCCCGCACGUGUGCCGCACAGGCCACCGCGGCGGGCGUGCACUGGGUGUCUGUGCCCAUGUGCCCGUAUCACGUGCGUGGACAAGCCGGGCAGGAGCGGAUCAAGGACGUCGGCCUCUCCAUGACUGCGGCGUGGGUGGUAACCUCAUCUGGGCUGGUGUAUGUGCGCAGCGAUGUGACUGUGACCUCGCCCAUCGGCGUGGACUGGGUGCCGGUGCAGUCGCCAGAGCUUGUCAGCUCCGUCUGCGUGCGCGACGGCAGCGUGACCAUUCUCACUGUGCAGGGGCACGUGUACACGCGCGUUGGGUUUGGCGAGUCAACCCCGCACGGCACGCACUGGGAGACGGAUCACGGCGCCAUCAGCUCCGUGUAUCUGACACGGAAGCGGCCUGAUCAGGUUGUGGACUCGGCCAACGCCCUGCAGUCGGGGGUGAGCAUCACGCACGAUGCGCGCUGCGUGUGUGCCCUCAGUCCCCAGCUGGUGCAGAUUGGCCUUCGGUCCACUUACGGCCGCAUUGUCUGGCAGCUGCGUGCAAGCAACCACGAGUUUACCUCGGUGUCGUGCGAUGGGUUUUCGCACGUGUGGGGUGUUGACUCUGCUGGCUACCUUCGCUCCAUGACCCUCAACAUGCCCUUUGACAUGCACAGACCGUCCCCUUCCACCGCGGCCCUCGAGUUUCCCACAGAGAAAGAGCGCGAUCAGAAGCCGUUUACAGAACUCCCACUGCUGUUGUGGAAGAGUCUUUCUGUUGGCGAAGAAGACGAACUCAAGUUCACGUUCAUGACUGCCGCGUGUGCCCGUCCUCGCGUGCGGCGGCCGCCACACGGGCACUGCAUGCUGGGCGACGACACCGUGGUGCCGACGAAAGAGUGCUCUUCGCUCGGAAAGACGUUCAUGUCCCUGUUGUCGAGGCAGAACAAGAGAAUGCGCAUACGCCUUGACCGCACGCACGCGCAAGUGCGGUGGAGGUUCAUUGUGGAUCCUCUCGAAGUGAACGCUGAAGUAUUUGCGCGUGAGCGGACUGGUCUGUGGUGGUCUGGCCUCAUCACCAGCAAAGUUGACGAGCGAGAGGCCGGCGGCAAAGCGAGCUUCUUCCUCGUUCAUCCCCACGAGAUGCGCGAAGACUUCUGGGUCGACAGGACGCGUGUUGCGCCGAAGGUGAAGCCCAACAAGGGUGCGCUGUACAUUGGUCUCUGUGUUCUCGUUCCGCGCACGCGCGAGGGCGGCGAGCUCGUCCUGGCCACCGUCAUCGCCGUCGACGAAAAGAGCAACACCGUGACUGUGGAGGCGGCAGAAGCGAACCUGCGCCCGUACACGCGCCAGUUCAAUAUGGGCGACAUCUUCGUUGGCCCCAAAGAGGAAUACCGCGGCCUCAGCCCGGCCUGUUCUCGCUUCUAGCCGUCGCUUUGCGUGUGUAUGCAUGUGUUGUGUGUGUGUGUGUUGUGUGUGUGUGUGCGUGUGUGCGUGUACGUGUGUACGUCUGUGUGUGUGCGUGUGCUGGCUUUGUUGCCGCCGUCCAUUUCGCGUUACCUUUGUCUUUGUUGUUUUGCUUCUCAUGUGCGUUUACUUUGAGCUGAUGAUACUUGACUGUACGCAGCAGCAUGUUACAACUUCUCUGUUAGACCUGCGCUUCUUCCUGCAGCAUUAGACAAUAGACGACCCGAACCUUCACACAUAGCGGAACGAUAACUGGC